GUCCUCUCUGGCGGAGCUGCCUGGCGGAAGCGGGAACGUCGCAUCCUGAGGUAAAGGUGCACGGCAUCCUGGGACAUGUAGUCUGGCCGGGGCUCGGACGCCCCCUCGGAUGAAUGGGACCGAGGCUGACUGCGAACUACAGCUUCUUGGCAGCGUCGGUGUUGGCCGCGGGAGAAGAGGGGACCGCGGCGGCCCCCAGUGAGAGCGGCUUUCCAGGACGGUGCGAUGUGCUGCGCAGCGAAGAGGCAGGAGGCCGGCUUCCUGGGGUAGCGGUAUAGGCGGGCGCUUACUCUGUGCGCUUGCUUCCCCAACCCUGCACCGGCCAUGCGCCCGGCCUUGGCGGUGGGCCUGGUGUUCGCAGGCUGCUGCAGUAACGUGAUCUUCCUAGAGCUCCUGGCCCGGAAGCAUCCAGGAUGUGGGAACAUUGUGACAUUUGCACAAUUUUUAUUUAUUGCUGUGGAAGGCUUCCUCUUUGAAGCUGAUUUGGGAAGGAAGCCACCAGCUAUCCCAAUAAGGUACUAUGCCAUAAUGGUGACCAUGUUCUUCACCGUGAGCGUGGUGAACAACUAUGCCCUGAAUCUCAACAUUGCCAUGCCCCUGCAUAUGAUAUUUAGAUCCGGUUCUCUAAUUGCCAACAUGAUUCUAGGAAUUAUCAUUUUGAAGAAAAGAUACAGUAUAUUCAAAUAUACCUCCAUUGCCCUGGUGUCUGUGGGGAUAUUUAUUUGCACUUUUAUGUCAGCAAAGCAGGUGACUUCCCAGUCCAGCUUGAGUGAGAAUGAUGGAUUCCAGGCAUUUGUGUGGUGGUUACUAGGUAUUGGGGCAUUGACUUUUGCUCUUCUGAUGUCAGCAAGGAUGGGGAUAUUCCAAGAGACUCUCUACAAACGAUUUGGGAAACACUCCAAGGAGGCUUUGUUUUAUAAUCACGCCCUUCCACUUCCGGGUUUUGUCUUCCUGGCUUCUGAUAUUUAUGACCAUGCAGUUCUAUUCAAUAAGUCUGAGUUAUAUGAAAUUCCAGUCAUCGGAGUGACCCUGCCCAUCAUGUGGUUCUACCUCCUCAUGAACAUCAUCACUCAGUAUCCUUUGGACUGUGCCGUCACCCUUAUGUCAUCAUCAGGUUCUUUUGGCAUAGGAAUGGUCAUUCUUUUCUUCUAACAGUGUGUUGACUUGAAUCUGAUUUUCGCUGGAUUUAUUCUGCGUGAAACGAAUCGAGAUUGACCUCAUUCCUCUGAAGUCAGCUCCUAGAUUUGCCAGAGUCCCUUUCUGGAGGAGGGGAUAGAAGGGCUGGAGGCAAGAUAAAUAAAGGUGAAUGGGAUCACCCUUACCGAGAGCAUCACCCUCUGUCAUUAUCUUGGAGGUGCCUGUCGUUGUAACCAUAGGAAGACUCCAACAUAAGAAUAAUUGGGGGUUUUUUGGCGGUUUCGAAUUGGUACCCAUAAAUGGAAUGGCAGGACAGGAGUUGUUCUGCAGGUUCUCCCCAGGAGGAGCCUCAGAGCUGCCGUAGCGGACCUUCAUGUUUUCUUAGAAUAUGAGAAGUUAAACCAGGGACCAUGCCAGAAGGUUCUCUCACUGAUCCCCCAAGUACAGUCUACAGAAAACGACCUUGACUCCACUCCUCCAGGUACGUGUGCAUCCGGGGUGUGUUUAUCCUCACCACGGAAUGCGCCUCCCUCACCGUCACGCUCGUCGUGACCCUACGCAAAUUUGUGAGCCUCAUCUUUUCCAUCUUGUACUUCCAGAACCCCUUCACCCUGUGGCACUGGCUGGGCACCUUGUUUGUCUUCAUUGGGACCUUGAUGUACACAGAGGUGUGGAACAACCUAGGGACCACAAAAAGUGAGCCUCAGAAGGACAGCAAGAAGAACUGAGGCCUGCCUGGAGUACGUAGACCAGUGUCGUCGUGAGGGAGGGACCCUGUGAAGGUCUGACCACCGUUUCGCUUUUGUUAAUGCCGAGCUACCCGCAGUGCUGAGCCAGCUGUGCAACAGGAAAUCUUCAGGAGGAGGGGGCUUCUCACAUUGCUCAGACUGACACAUGUAGACUAAAUAGAAACCCCUCAGCCCUAAAAUAGAAAAAAGAACAGUUCUGGACUAUUGAACAGCCCAUUCAUUUAUUUCUGUUUUGUUUACCGACAUAUUCAGUAUUAUUCUUGUUUUCUGAAUUCUGAGUCUCCUGAACAAAAGGCUUACUAUCCAUGGUCUUGGAAAAGAUUGUCCCUUCUCUUGCUGUUCUAAUGCAUCUCUGCUACAGCAGUCAUUGUCAUCCUGUGGCCUUAUCCCUUUUGUCUCCCAUCACCUUUUCCUUCUUCAGCAGCACCUCACGGUCAGUCAGACGCUGCAGGCACCACCAUCACCAGGAGUGGCCAAGUAAACCGAGACACCAGUAACAGCAGGGCUGGACUUCCUCCAGCGUUUUGGGAAGGAAAGAGAUGUUCCCCUGAGCUGAUUCCCAGUGACAGUGGAGCAAGACUAGUGGGACUCCUCUUUCCCACAUUUUGCUUUUUUUUUUUUUCUAUGCAAAAGUCAGAUGCUUCUAUCCAUUGCUUUCUGUGAUUAGGGCAGCCCUGCAGCAUAUCUCACAGCAGACACAGUGUUCAUAACAAAGAAAGGUUGUGCCGGGCACGGUGGCUCACGCCUGUAAUCGCAGCCCUUUGGGAGGCUGAGGUGGGUGUAUCACUUGAGGUCAGGAGUUCAAGACCAAUCUGGCCAACACGGUGAAACCCCAUCUCUACUAAAAAUACGAAAAUUAGCUGGGUGUGAUGGCGCGUGCCUGUAAUCCCAGCUACUUGGGAGGCUGAGGCAAGAGAAUCACUUGAACCCGGGAGAUGAAGGUUGCAGUGAGCUGAGGUCGUGCUACUGCACUCCCGCCUGGGUGGCAGAGUGAGACUCUAUCUCAAAAAAAAAAAAAAAAAAAAAGAAAGGUUGUUAUGGACUGGACACCCCUGAAGCCCAUUGCCUAGGCCACAGUGGUGACGGCAGGAUGGCCCUGCUCAGCACCGCAAGAGCCAUGGCUGUCCCUGUUGGCCCAGCCGGGCACUCACAGGGCAGAAGGGUGGGUCUCAAGUGGGAGGAUAAGGCUUCACCACCAGGAGAUUCCCCUCUGCCCGAUGACUCUGAUAGUCACGACCAGUCAAGGGAAUGCAUAGAUGGAGAUAUAUAGUGUGUGAUGUGUAAAUCAGGUCAAACCUCAACGACAAUUGAAAGUUGUUAUUGUCCUAUAAGGUAUCUUACCAUUCUCGAUGGGUACUGAGGAUGGUUGGAUGUGCUUUAUUGUGUGUGGAAACAUGCCUCUCUUUGCUAAUCAUUUCAGAGGUCCAGUUUUCCUUUCACUGGACAAUCUUGAAUAGGAGGAACGCUGUUGCUGUAAUAUGCGUAGCUUGUGUGUGCUCUUGUGUAGUCUGUGUGUGAUCAAAGGGCACGGAAGUGGCUGCACUUUCACAUCCCUUUUCUUUACUUAGCUGGAACCUUACAUACCAGUACUUGCUCCUCCGUAAGCAGCUGAACUCACCGGCCACUUCUCUGUUUGCCUAUAGACAAAGACUGUGUGUGUGUGUGUGUGUAUGUGUGUGUGUGGUGCACACAUUGUGUUCUUAAACUGAGACGUGGCUCUCCAGGUCUCCUGGGCUCAUUCCAUGGUGUGGUAUGUUUAUUCCGCUGUCCAGAGCUAUUCUCUGAUGGAUUUGCGCAACAGCAGUGGAGAUAAAUGUCCUAGAGUCACCAGGUCGCUUGGAGAAGUCAUUUAAGCUGCCUCCAGUUUUUGUUACUUAAAAUGUGGAUAUUAUUUCUCCACCUAAAUCACUGAGUUUACAGAGUAAUAAUGUGUUGCUCUGGACAUUGACAGCUUUCUAGAGCCAGUAAUGGGCUCUUCUGAAGGAUGCUGAAUUAGAAGUGAACCUAUUCAUAGGAUCAAAAGCCACUUGCUUUGAAAUAUGUGGAGUUCCUCAGAAUUGACGGUGCUAGAAAUAUCCAAGUGUUAAAUAACCUUUUAAAAGCAACAAAAGCUACUUUUUUCUUACCACUUAAUAGAAGAACCUGUCCCUAGAGGCGACUUGAUUGCUAUGGAUCUGGCAUCUCUGAACUCUUAAUAGGAUGCAGCCUCACAUACAUAUGUCACCCAUUUUAUGUUGAUGAAAACAUUACAAGUUUUCAUCAUUGGGUAUGUGUUGAUGUUCGCAGACAGUACUUGGGCCCGUUAGGUUUUAGCGUCUGGUCUUAGAGCAUGUGUAUUCAUCUCAGCGUGAAUACCUCAGCCAGUCUUAUGAAUAGGAGGCUAUGUAUGGGCAGGGAAUAGAUUAGAACACUCGCACAAGAUGACCACAUAUAGAAGCAGAAAGCCCCAAAUUCCCUGGGAACUGUUUUUUCUCUAGUAGCUAAAUAUAAGGAAAUAUGUCUAAUGGACACCAGUUAAUACUUUUUAAAACUACUCUUUAAAAAAAAAAAGUUCCCCUUGGUUAACUGAUUUUUCAAUCCAGGGUGGACAUUUUUUCAACCUUUAUUAAAAGGACAAAUAAACUAUUUUGUAGAAGAUCAGACUCCUACUUAACUGGAAGAGAAAUGUCUAUUAAAUGUCUCUCCUCUUUCUCUGGGUCAAGACCAUGUAAUUUUAUGCUUCAGAGAUGAAGAUACUGUUUGUUUACAAAGAGUUUAGUUUUUAAGACAUCCAAAACUCUACGCUAGAGCAAAAAUCAAAUAGCAAAGGACACUAGCCAGAAAAUACAGUGUGUGUGUGUGCACCUGUGUGCCUGCUGAACAACUUGACAGUGUAACCAGAUAGGGUAACAGAAGAUGGUGGAUAUUUGAAUUGUAUUAGCUUAAUGUCUAAAUAUCUUUGGCCAAAACUCUAUUGUCAUAUUAGAAACAUGUUAUCUUUUUCAUGUUUAUUAGUAAUUUAUUUUUGACUCUUUGUUUUCUUUUUCGUCCAACUAAAACAACUGUAAUGUACUUGAUACAUUUAUAUCAAGUUCUAAAGUAUUUAGACAAAUCCAAAUACUUUGUUUUUAGUUUUUUCCUCCUUUCCGUCCUGUUAACCACAGUGAAACGCUGCAGUAUUUUGAUUUGGUCAGUGCUACAGAGGAAGACCAUGAAAGCUGAAUUGGUCUGUGCCACCCAGAGUAAACCUCUUCUCUUCUUCUGGAAAGAUGGCGUGAUGUUUUUCAAGGAUUCUAAUAAAUAUCCCGCAGUCAUCUCCUGAGCAGCUUUCCUCUGUUUCACUUCGGAACUCCUUCCCCCACUUUCUUCACUCCAGUUUCUUCACUUGCAGCGUUUUCUGCUAAGAAAGACCUGUCAUCUUGUAUCUGUUUAUGCCUCUCUUCUUUGGGGCCCCUGGAUGUUUUUGUGGAUUUUUACAGAGUAUUUAUAUCUGCACAGUGUGUAUUUUGUUAUACAUUCUUACAAGCAUUGAUAUUGGGGGGUACAUUUAUAAUAGUGAGAAUAUCUGGCAGAAUGUGUGAAUGCCAUAUCUGUAGAUGACAAUGAAUGUGAAGGGUUAAUGUAGAAAUGUUUGUUUAUUCUGUUACAGCUCAAAAUGGAGGCUGAGAAUCUCUACCACCAUUCCCUUCUCUAUUUGAGAAUCUCUACCACCAUUCCCUUCUCUAUUUGGGAAACAAUACUUUUCUUAUUUUGCUAUUUUUACCUUCCCAUUAACUGGCUUCACUCAACAGUGCCAGAUACCUCUGGAGAGGGGAAGUAAAACACCUUAGGUCAGGAAUAAUUAUAAACCAAUGAGUUAGCUCAGGGCCAGUGGACAUGUUCACUGGUGGACCAGUUGGCAUUGACCUAAACAGACAGAGAAAUGCACAUGGAGGAGAACUACGUUGAAAUCAAGAUCCUAUGUCUGUCGUAUUUUCUCUUUGCCUGGAGUAAAUAGCAUUAUAAGUCAUUCCACCCUUAUUAGAUAACCAAAGCAUAUUGGUCUCAGUAGCUUUCUCCUGAAAAAUGUGAUUGAAUCUUACCUGUAGCAGUUCACUCUUAAGGUUGAAAGAACUGUCAAUGUAGAUAAAAUCCAUUCCUUAUUAUUAUUGAUUGGUGUGACAUUUGAAAAUGUGUCUAAACAAUAUUUGUAAGUAAAAGAACCAGUCAUAAGCCUCAAGUGUGUUCAGUGUGUACCAAGCUGGAAUGGGAGACUGGCCCCUCUUGGCUUUAAAGUAGCAUGUUGUCUUUUUCUAGCAGCUUCUUCCUAGUAGACAUUCCAGGGAUGGGAGGGGCCAGGGAUCAUGUCUUACUCAUUUCUGUAUCGCCAGCCCCUGGCAUAGUGUCUGGCUUAUGUUACGUGAAUAAAUGAAUGCUUGCCAAGAUCUCUUCUUCCCUCAAGUUUCUGGAAAACCUGAGGGUUCGUGAUACCUGUUCCCACUCCUCAUCAGCGGGUUGGCAAGAAAGCAAAUAAGGGGAAACAUUCUUAACAUUCCAAGCAAGAGAAGGAAGAACGACUAUUGGGAGGAGGUGGUACACCAGAGAUUGCUCAGUGUGCAGCCUGCUACCUCACUUUUGGCUCUGGAUUGCCUGGUGGUAGAAGGGAAGCAUAUUAUGUAGUUAGCACCUUACAUAUCUGAUGCUCAGGAAGAAGUGCAAGAAGAUCCCUAAUAGAACAUUAAAGAUUCUUAAAAGUUUUUGAAGUAGGCUGCUUGGGGUGACCAGCCCCACCCUUACAUCUCCAUAGUUGGUACAGUUAGCUUGUAGCAGCUGAAGCUGAUGGCUGGCGAUCACUGUCUGUCGGUCUGAUCUCAGUAUCAUACUGAGACACCUCCCCUGAGCCUUACCUACUUAAAUUGGUAACCGUCCUACCAAAAUUUGUCAAUUUUAAUCAAGUGAGGCAAGUUGCAAGGGAGCCAGAGAUACGUGAAAAAAGAAAAGCAGAAAUACUGAUACUUUCUAAGAAAGAAGUUGUAAUAAUUUCUUUGGCACAUUGACUUACUGAUAUCUUUUGAAAUGCAUAGACGACUCUUGUGAACCAAAGAGAGCAGUAGUGGUUAUUCCCCGGUGCAAUAAAAAUGCCUUUGUGUAUCACUUGCGAUUGCCAGUCAUUUCUGUGCCAGUUGCUCUCAUUCCAGAGAAUGGCCUCAUUCUCCAAAAAAAGACGAUGAUUUUAGAAGUAGGAUUUCCUAACAAAUUAUGUGGUGGGGAGGGACGGCGGGGAUUUUAUUCAUCCCGUCUGAGCUCUUCAUACAGUAUUACCAUUAGGUUUUAAGAACAAAGAUGGGGGAGGAGGGAGUAGAAAGCUGAGAGUACAUAGAACAGCUACAAGACAUUAGUGGGUAUUCAGAUUUUGAGCUGUGUAAAUAUCAAACAUCGGCUUCCAGCCUUAAGAGUUAUUUGAGCAGAGAGUUAAGGAGGAAUGGGAGAUUUUGUGAAUAAAAUGUUUUGCCAAACUGAA